AUGGAGAAGCUGGCCCGGAGGUUCCUAUGGCAGAAGAAUUCAAAUAGCAAGGGGGGGCUUGGCUUUCACGAUCUGUCGGUGUGGCGCGGCCCCCUUCGUGCUCAGCUUGCUUGGACGGUCAUCAACGAGCCAAAUUCUCUUCUCCAUAAGGUCGUGACUGCCAAGUAUGGACCUGAUUUCUGGCAGCUCUCUCGGACUCCGAGGUGCUCCUCUCCUUGGCAAAUCCUCCGGGAAGGGGCUGACGCUCUCUCGGCGAUUCUCCAGUGGCGCAUCGGGGAUGGGCGUCGUAUUUGGAUCCUACAAGAUUGUUGGAUUUUUGACCGUAAGAUUAAAAAGUGGCCAACUUUUGUUAACGUGGAAGAGGUUGAAGACACUUACGUUAGCAACCUUUUGAAAAUUCGUUGGAGUGGGAUGCGGAAAUG